UUGUCCUUCCUUCCUUCUCAGAUUUGUGCUGGUUCGUUGAGCGGCCGCUUCUUUGCCUCAUUCUCGACCAGGUGUCAGUUACUGCUCUACAUUCUUUCAGUACCGUUCCCUGUUAUCAUUUCCUCGGGAGCCAGGAUCUCCUUUCCUUUCGAUCAUCUGACUUUUACCUACCGAGACCUAUCGAGAUGUUCUCUAAGUCGCAGUUGACCCUCGUUGCUUUGAGCUUGCUCUCGCUCUCCGACAUAUCUUACGGCCGGAUGCAGUGGCUGGAGAGGGAUGGACGUGCCCUUGAACUCUACCCUCGUCGAUACGGCCAAGCACACCCAACCGUUCUCGACCAGCUUGCCUCUGCCUGCUCUGGACAGGUUUGCAGCACCCUCGCUGCACAGGCCGUCACUCCUCUGCUCGCUUCGCAGCCCGAGUGCAGCCAGCAAGAUAUGGCCGACGCCAUUAUCGAUGCUGCCCAGCAAUUCGAUGCUAAUACCAAAGCAAACAUGAUCGCCUUGGCGCAGCAAUACCGGCAAGUGGAGAAGAACACUCCUCCUGACCUCUCCACAAACCCGCCAACCAACCAGAAUUCUGUCUUCUGUCAGACAGCGCCCAAGAAUGCCGAGUUGAACGGCUUGGUGCAGGCUCAGGACCCUGCCAACAGCCCCAAUGUCUUCUUUGACCCUGGUCUUAACCAAUCCGUUGCCAAGGGUUCUCAGCCAAACACGUUCCCCUUCGGCACUGCAGGUUCUUCAAACUCUACCUCUGUGUCCUCGUCCACGGUCGCAUCUGCUGCUUCGUCUUCCGCGGGAAACUUAGUUGUUCAAGUUGCUAGAAGCAUUUCUGCCGAUCCCUGCGCUGUCACUGUCACUGUCACUGCUGAUGGCUCUGCAUCCGCCGCUGCUACCGACGCCGCUUCUGCCACCUUAUCUUCAUCUGCAGCGGCUGCCACAUCGACCGCCUCAGCUGCCAGCAUCGGUAACUUCGGGAGCUGCACGAUCCCCGAGAUUACGUUUGGCGUAGGAUUCGACAACAGGAAGGAAACUAGCUUCGAACCUACAAACCAGGCUGAUUACAACCAUGGCUCUGCGGACAACAUCGACAUCAUCACCCAGUUCAUGUGCGACAAUCUCGUAAACACCUGCGGUGCCGACGCUACUGCCCAGGCCACUUGUGCAACGGCCAAGGCCGCCGCCGACACCGAGCCUGCACCUACCGGUGCACAGGCUGACGCCUUCAACGCUGUCUUCGGCAUCACGACGAACUUUGCUGCGAUAACCGCCCUCAAUGACCAGGGCCAGCCCAUUGCGGGCACUGGUUCCGCCGCUGCCAGUUCUGCUCCGGCAGCUGCCUCAGCUUCCGCCGCCGCUAGUGCGGCCACAACGUCUGUUGCCGCUGCGGCCACGGCAUCUGCCGCCCCCGCCAGCGCGUCCAGCGCCAGUGCUACGUCGUCCGGCCAGAACCUCCAGACUUUCACCGGCGCCCUUGGCGGCGUCUCUGCGCCAGCUGUGACCGCGGCCGGCAGCCAGUUCCAGGUCGAGGGCAACUCGCUCUUCAACGACCUUCCCUCCGCGCUUGACCGCUCGUGCAGCGUGCAGAACAACCUGUGCGCGGAUGCCGCGAACGCGUCGGCCAACCAGAAUGGCCUCACCGUCGGCGCGUGCUCGACGCAGCUGACAGCUUGCAAUGCCGCGUAGUAGUAGAGUUAGGUGUUCUGCGUCAUCUCGUGUAGUUUUAUUCGUGUCGCUCCGCACUUCCGACAAUCAAACAGUCUGUGAAGGA